AUGCCUCUUUCUCAGCUCCAGGGAGUCAAGCUGCCGGCUUCGGCCGAUUUUCACGUCCAUCUGCGGGAGGGCCCAAUGAUGGAAUUGGUGACGCCCACAAUUCGACAGGGUGGUGUGAAUACAGUUUUUGUCAUGCCCAACUUGGUCCCUCCCAUCACCACAGUCGACCAUGCCUUGGAUUACAAGAGGCGCCUCCAGGCCAUUGAGCCCAACGUCAAUUACCUCAUGUCCCUCUACCUUCACGAGUCAAUCACUCCAGAGACAAUCGUCGAAGCAAAGCAGCGCGGAAUCACCGGCGUCAAGAGCUACCCAGCCGGCGUGACGACCAAUUCAAGCUCCGGCGUCGUGGACUAUACUUCGUUCUACCCAGUCUUUGCCGAGAUGGAGCGCCAAGGCUUGAUCCUGAACCUGCACGGCGAAGCUCCGUCUCGUGGAGACGUGACGGUGCUCUCGGCAGAGGAGAGAUUCUUGCCCAUUUUGGCCGAGCUGCACGCCAAGUUCCCCAAACUCCGAAUCAUCCUCGAGCACUGCACCACUGCCGCGGCGGUCGAAGCCGUCAAGAAAUGUGGCCCCACGGUCGCAGGUACCAUCACUGCUCACCAUCUCUCGAUCAUCAUUGACUCGUGGGCCGGUGAUCCAUUCUGUUUCUGCAAACCCGUAGCCAAGACCCCAGCCGACCGAGAUGCCCUCCUUCGCGCCGCUGCAUCUGGCAAUCCCAAGUUCUUCUUCGGCUCAGACAGCGCCCCUCACCCGUCGGCGUCCAAGCGUGGCGGUGAGAAGAUUGCCGCCGGUGUUUUCACUCAGCCGUACACCACCCAGGUUGUUCUCGACUCCUUUGAGCAGGCCGUAGAGAAUGGCGUGCUCAAGGACGAAGACAUCACGCCCGAAAUCGUCGAGGGUUUCAUGAGCAAAUUUGGCCGUGCCUUCUAUGACAUCGGCCAGGAACAAAAAGAGUUCAUCAAGUUAGAGAAGAAAGGUGAGAAGAUCGCAGAGAUCUUGAAGUCUGAACAGACCGACGUGGUUCCUUUCCGCAAGACCCAGGAGACAUGGACGGUCACUUGGUUGUAA